AUUGUUUAUUCACGGCGACGAGAGCAAAAAAAAAACAACAACAAUUCAUCAACAAAGUAUUUCAAGGUGGAUUUCGCAGCAAGGAAAAGCUUAAAUAAUUCCCUUAUACCAUCCGUAAUGAUAGCAAAGCGUAGAUAGUUGAAGCUUGGCUUUGUUCUUUUAUUUUAAAUUCGCACUAAAAUCGGCUCCCAGCGAAAGGGUGCGAGUAAACUGCACAAAACGGAGCUGUAGAAGUACAAUUUCGGUUCGCUUUUGUAAAUCCCACAAUAGUGGGCUUAUCAGUGCUACGUGUCGAUUGUUUGUUGCUUUCCUGCUGCGUUAUUCGAUUGCUGGCGGAAGCGCAUUGUCCAUUACAACCAUGCUGAAAGCGGUAAUCUUGAUUGGUGGUCCUGAAAAGGGAACCCGGUUUCGUCCACUCUCGCUGGACACACCGAAACCACUGUUUCCGGUAGCCGGGAAGCCCAUCAUACAGCACCAUGUCGAAUCGUGCGUCCGGAUCAAGGAGCUGAAGGAGAUCCUCAUCCUUGGCUUCUAUCCGGCCACCCAAAUGCAACAGUUCGUUAGCAACAUGCAGAACCUGUACGACGUAAACAUUCGCUACCUGCAGGAGUUUACUGCGCUCGGGACGGCUGGUGGAAUGUAUCACUUUCGCGAUCAGAUUCGUUCCGGCAAUCCGACCGCCUUCUUCGUGCUGAACGGUGACGUGUGUGCGGAUUUCCCACUGCAGGAGCUAUACGAUUUCCAUCGCAGCAAGCGGGACAAGGCGCUCGUUUCGAUUAUGGGUACGGAAGCGACGCGUCAGCAGGCCGUCCACUACGGGUGUCUGGUGCUGGGGAAGGACGAGGAAGUGACGCACUACGUGGAGAAGCCACGAUCGUACCUGUCGACGCUGAUCAACUGCGGUGUGUACGUGUGUUCGAUGGACAUUUUCGCCAAGAUGGGAGCUGUGUUUCAUUCGAAGCAGCAGGAUUACAGUAUGCUUAACAACGGCAAUGGGAAGGAUAGUGGACACAUUCAGUGGGAACAGGAAAUACUUACACCGCUGGCUGGGACGGGCAAGCUGUACGCGUUGCCAGUGAAUAAUUGGUGGUCGCAGAUCAAGACGGCCGGAUCGGCGAUUUACGCCAACCGGCACUACCUCGCACUGUACAAGAAGGCACACCCGGAUCGGUUGGCGAGUGCCGGUGCGAAGACGGAGAAUGGGAAUGCGAACCUGAUCUGUAAUAUUGUACCGGAUGUGCACAUCCAUCCGACGGCUUCGGUACACCCAACGGCGACGCUUGGGCCAAAUGUAUCUAUCGGACCGGGAGUUGUAAUAGGACCGGGUGUUCGUGUUCGCGAGACAAUCGUCUUGGAGAAUGCCGUCAUCAAAGACCAUUCGCUUGUGCUGCAUAGCAUCGUCGGUCGUGGUUCGCAGAUCGGUAUGUGGGCGCGUGUCGAGGGCACACCGAGCGAUCCCGAUCCGAACAAACCGUUUGCGAAGAUGGAAAAUCCGCCACUGUUCAACACGGACGGUCGGCUGAACCCGUCCAUCACGAUACUGGGCUAUGCCGUCAGUGUGCCUUCGGAGAUGAUCGUACUGAACUCGAUCGUACUGCCGCACAAAGAGCUCAGCCGUAGCUUCAAAAAUGAAAUCAUCCUAUAACGCGGCGAGCCUUCGCUACCUCAUAUCCUUGCGAACGGUGGUAGGAAUAUGUUACACAGAGACACGCACGGAUUUUCGUGACACGGAUGCGUGCCAAAAUUUUGUUUUACGUUUAUAAUGCAUUAUAUCAAAGAAAUAGAUACAUUGACGAUA